CCUGGCGUUGCCCCUCAGGGAGAGGCCACCUCUUGCCUGGGGUCGCCUCGUCGCCCGAUGGGGGCCACUCUCCCGCGCAGCCGGCGGAGGGCCGCCGCGGCCCGCCGCGCGCAUGGGGCUGAUCGGCGGCUACGACUCCUCCGAUGACGCGGAGGAGGGCGGCGCGGCCUCGGCGGCGGCUGCUGGCGCGACCCCUGCUGGAGCCUCCGCCGCCGAGCGGGCGCCCGCGGCCGUGGCCGGCGGCCCUGCGGCGAGCGCCGGCGCGGCGGGCGCCGGCACGGCCAGUGCGGGCGCCGUCAUCGCGGGCGGCGCGGUGGGCAGUAUCGGCGGCGGGCCCGAUCGCCCGCCCCGCCCAGGAACGCGCGGAUUCGCAGCAUCGGGGGGCCGGGCGCCGCUCGAGCGGCGGCGUGUCGCGGACUCGAGCUCGACGUCUCCCUCCACGAGCCACCUUCCCGGCAUCGCUCCCCCCUCGCGGUCGAGACGACCCAGACGUCCGACAUCUUGAGAGAAAAUCAGGAGAGCAGCUCCGACGAGGAC